AUUAUUAACUAACCCUAAAAAAUUCUUUCUUAGAGGCAGAGCAAAGAGAAUUUUACAGUGAAAUUGCAAGAUGGGCGUUGACUGGACCCAACUUCCGGCGGAGCUCCUGGAAUCAAUCUCCAAAAACCUCAAAAUCUACGCAGAUUACGUCCGCUUCCGAGCCGUCUGCCGGAACUGGCGAUCCGCCGUCCCAAAAAUCCCUCUUGACCUCCCUCCUCAGCUCCCUUGGCUCGUGCUCCCUCCAACUCGGUCUCACCUAACUUACCGUGCCAUCUUCGAUCUCUCCACCGACAAACUCCACCAUCUCUCCCUCCCAGAAUACUCCACCAACCCGGCCAAGCGCCACCGUGGCUCCUCCGAAGGCUGGCUCGUUAUCCUCGAUUUAUCCCCAGAUAUUAUCCUCCUCAACCCACUCUCUCGAGCCAAGGUCCACCUUCCUCCGCUCUCCACUUUCCCCAAGGUUACUGGCUUCAAUUAUUCCCAUAUCAGCAAUGAAUACGAGCUCCAGUGCCCCUACCGUAUUCGUUACAACCGAAGCUUGCAGUAUAUGCGAGAUUGUUUCAUUAAGAAAGUCGUGCUCUCUUCCUCUCCAUCAAAGGAUCCCAAUUUUGUGGCCAUGGCGAUUAUUAACGAAACCAUGGAUUUGGCUUAUUGCAGGAGCGGCAGUGACUCUUGGAGCAUUAUUGAAGCUGCACAUUCGUUCUCUGAGGAUGUUAUAUAUUUCCAAGGAUUGUUUUACGCUGUGAAUAUUGAUGGGGAGAUUGCCGUUUGUGAUGUAAGUGGUGCUUCGCCUCAAGUUUCUUUCAUCAGAACAUGGCCGCUGUUGGCCGUCGGCGGUGAUAUACGGUAUUUGGUGGGUUCCGGUGAUGAAUUAUUCUUGAUCACGCGGCACCUUGCUCUUGAAUUCGAUGAUACUGGAUUGUACGGGCAUAAUUCUGGGUAUCGAACUAGGAAGUUUGAUGUUUUUAGACUGGAUUGGAGUGUAUUGGUAUGGAAAGAAGUAAGAAGCUUAGGGGAUGAGGCGCUGUACAUUGGGGGAAAUUCUUCCUUGUCAUUGCAAGCAUCUGAUUUUCCCGGUUGUGUGGGGAACCGCAUAUAUUAUACGGAUGAUUACUCAGAAAAUAAUUUCCAUGAUGGAGCUUGUACUGGAGAUGAUAUGGGCAUUUACAAUUUGGGUGAUGGAAGCAUUAAACCAUUGCCUAGUUUUUUCUUCUACACGUUACAAUGGCCACCACCUGUUUGGAUUACACCGAAUCCAUGCUAAAGGCGAGAGCUUGAAUGUGAGUCCAAAUGCUUCCCUUGUUAUCUUUUCAUGUCAAUGUGUAUAUAACUGGUUAUUAGUCCCAUCUUAGAAUGAAGUUUGAGAAAUGACUGUCUUUGGUUGAAUCAUGAAUGUUGUAUAGGCUGAAAGCCUGAAACAGAGUUCAUAAAUAAUAAUUCUCAAUGUACAUUGUACACAGAGAAUGGUCCUGUUAUUCCCUGUCAGUUUAGUGUUUGUAAGAUAUGAAUUUCUGGACUAAAAGGUUCUUGACAAGUAGGAAAUGUAGAAGGGUCAUGGUUCUGGUUGCUGCAUUAGGGUGCUUUUUAUGGAUAGUUCAAUCCUUAGGGAGCAACGUGGUAACAGUAAGUGAGGGUGUUGAUCUGUAUCAGCGUGCUUGGGAACUUAGCUUAAUAUGCUUCAGGGCUGGAGGGUUGUCAUGAAAUCUUCACUUGGAUGCCUACCUUUGUAUACCACUGCCGACUCUGUUAUGUAGAGUUGAUGCGUACAUUGAAACUCUUUCUACUGUAUAUAGUUCUUCUAUUUACUCAAGAAAUGACAGUUCUUGUA